AGAAGGCGGGAGCGGAGAGCCGGUUUAAAACACAAACGGGGAACACUCUUACUUUGCUUGUGACUCCACAACAGAGCAGGAGGUUCAGGGUCCAUGCCAUUCUACUAACCAACCAACCUACUCACCCUUCUGUUUUUAGACUGCCAGGGUUCACCUCUCAAAACCUCACAAGCAACUCCAUCUGUCUGCAGCCAUGUUUGAGACCAGUAGUGACGACUUGUUCCUGCCUUCCUACCAAGAUGAGGAACUGGUGGACAACCUGCUGUCCAAUGAGGAGUCGGACGGAGAUUGCGGCGGUAAAGCGCUCUCCCUGGCUAGUGCCCUGCUCCCCCUGGUAGAGUCCUGCUCCCCGACCCUCACCCCCUGGGUCUGCUCCACCCGCUACAAGACCGAGCUCUGCACCAGCUACUCCACCACUGGCUUCUGCAAGUACGCAGAGCGCUGCCAGUUCGCCCAUGGCCUCCACGAGCUCCAUGUUCCCUUCCGCCACCCGAAAUACAAGACGGAGUUGUGCCGCAGCUUCCACACGACUGGCUACUGCUACUACGGCAGCCGCUGCCUGUUCGUCCACAGUGCCACGGAGCAGCGACCCGCCCUGCGCCGCCGCAGGAACGUCCCCUGUCGCACCUUCCGCUCAUUCGGUGUCUGUCCCUUUGGCACCCGAUGCAACUUCCUGCACACAGAGGUCGGCGAUGUCGGCAGCGGUUCAGAGUCGCCCGAUGUUGGCGAGGAGAAGCCCGUGCCUGUUUCCAGCCCCCAGAUCCAACCGCAGACCAAGGAGUGGAGGCCCCGUGGCGCUCUGUGCCGCACCUUCAGCUCCUUUGGGUUCUGCCUGUACGGCACACGCUGCCGCUUCCAGCAUGGCCUCCCCAACAAGAUCCGAACCUCCGACCAGACCCAAGGAGAGUCCCUCUACCUUCAGCCGUCCCACGGCAGCUCCGGUUUGCCUUCCCCAAGCUCUCUCUUCACCUCCACCUCUUCUUCUCCUCCGUCUGCCUCCCCUCUCACCACCCCGCCUGCAGAGGCCACUGCCCACAACGCCUUCACCUUCUCCAGUCAGCACCUCAGUGACCUGCUGCUGCCACUGGCCAUCCACCUGCAGCAGCUGGAGAGCAGCAAGGCCCAGGAGAUCUGGGACAACAGGGCGCUCUAACUGGAUGCGGUCUGAGUUAGAAACCAGCAUCAGCACUGAACACCACAGCUCAUUUAAUCUUUUUUUUUUUUAUUGAAUUUUUUUUUAACUCUCCCCUUUCUAGGGAAUUUAUUAUACAUAUAUAUAUAAUUUUUUUUAAGUUGAGGAUGUUUGACUUAAGAGCUUGUGUCAAUUUAACAGGUCAAGCAGGACUUGACCUGUUAAAUUACAGAUUAUGCUGUCUGGUAUAGUUUUGGAUAGGAGGUCUGGAAUCACAAUUACUGCUAUGAGUGUUGUUCAAUUUUUUUUAACUAUUGUAAAUACUUUAUUAAUGAACUGGGUAAAUGAAA